AUGUUAACGUUUGUUGGUGACGAGGGAAAAAACUCCGGUAAAGUAAUACAGGCGUUUGAGGAGUAUUGCAAGGCACUUCGGAACGAAACUUAUAAUAGAUAUAAGUUCUUCAACAGAAGUCAAGGUGAGGAUGAAGAAUUUGAUAGGUUCCUGACAGACAUUAAAAUGUUAGCAAAGCUAUGUAAUUUUGGAGUACUAGAAGAUUCACUAGUCCGUAAUAAAAUAGUGAGUGGCAUUCGAGACCAGACAAUGCAAGAGAGAUUAUUAAGAGUUCCAAAUUUGACGUUGAGGAAAGCCGAGACUCACUGUAUAACAUCAGAAGCAAGCAAAUUUCAAUUGAAAGAUCUUAGAAGAGAAAUGGAAGUUAACAGCUUAAGAUGCAGAGGAAAUAAUAGUUUUAAAAAUGAUGCUAUAAGGAACAUAGGUGCAGAUAAUAAUAACACCUCUAACAAUCAAGAUUACAAUUGUUUAAAAUGUGGGAGACGACAUGGUCCAAGAAGCUGCCCAGCUUAUGGUAUAUGGUCGCCUGGGCAAAGGAUUGACUUUUCACCAACAAACGAACAUAAUAAGAAGGACUACGAGAGCCAAGAUGAAUCCAUUCCUCCUAUGUGGACACCCAAAAGUGCAAACUCUAGUCCUGUCGCCGAGAGAAAAGAAUUUAGGCCUGUUAAUUUUCAAUCGCCUGUGUUAAGCAGAAGAAACAGAACGUCUUCUGAGAACUUGGGAUCAAAAACACAAGUUCAGGCGCCUCCUUGGAAAAACCAAGAUUAUAGUAGCGAUACAGGAUCAGCACCUACAGUAGACCGAAGGCUGCCUACAAGCCGAUCAACUCCCGCUACAGGUUUUUCCGAAUUUUCCAGUACGUCACGUCUUCCUAAGGCACAGAACCCUACUAUCACGCUUCUGCAAAAAGCUAGAGAAGGUCAACUUCCAAAAGGAGCAUCUUAUAUUGAUCAAGAACCGAGACAAUACAGGUUGAAAAACGAGAGACCUCCUUUAGCUGGACCUGGUGAAAUUUCGCAAUACCCUUACACUUCCGGUUACCUGUCCGAACCUGAACCAGGGGCGUACGACAGUGAUUUCACCGACUACAAAUAUCAAACUCUGGAUAGAAGGCGGCCGGCGCCACAAGAUCGAUCUACGGAAUAUAUUUCAUCUACGAUGCCAAGGCCAAUAGUUAAUAGGGCCUUAAAAGAGUCUGGAUAUGAAAGCGACUCGACUUUGGUAUUUAGGCGAAAAGAGGAAGCGAUAGCUCAACAGAUCAGUCCAAAGGAGCAACGGGAAGCCUACAAGUUUAUUCAAAAGGGUGGUGAUAUCCCAUUGCAUGGUCUUCGAAAACCAGCACCCGAAAGACCGAAAGAAACGGAAUUUGUGGAAUUUUUCCCAAUUUCCCCAACGCUAACAAGAAUAAGAGUUCAUAAAAAUAUUAAGCCUCAAAAGGAAGUACUCUGCUACCCGGUGACAGUUCAGCACCAAGAUCCGAACACUUUUUCGGCUUACAAGCGAAUUGCUCCUUCUUCAGCCAUUCCUACUCCUCCUCCCAUUCCCCCUCCAUCACCACCUCGAAGGAAAUCUUCGAGAAAUAAUCCAACUUUAAGAUUGGUUUCGACAAUGAAAGUCAAAACAGAAAAAUCACCGCUGUGUAAAAGACACGAGACGUGUUUUACGACAACGUCAAAUAUUGAUAAAUCCAAAGUUAAUUACUUAAAGGAUAAAAUCACUUGCAAAUUAUCACCAACGCCAAGCAAGAGAAGUCCUAGUCCCAAAAUUAGAGUGGUUAAGAAGGUUACUGCUUCAGCAGAUCUGAAGAAUAAAAUAACGUCUACCCUAACUACUUCUAAAGACGUUAAAACAUCGGCUCGUAAGAUACAAAGUAAAACUAAUGUUCAUAAUUAUGUUGGAAGAUCCAAAUCGACCGAUUCUGUCAGAAGUACGAGUAAAACAACUAUUGGUAGAAGUCCGGUCACUUCUUCUAUGGAAAGUCUCAAUCUUAUGAGAAGCUCUCCAAAAACAUUUGGUUCUGAGAAGAAAAAGUUUGAUUUAAACAUAAAAACCAAGCUGGUAAAAUCUCCCGAUCUAAUGUCGCCAACAGAGGUUAAAAAAGCAUCCAUGAUGACUCUACCACAAGGUACAGUAUAUAAGAAAUCUAAUGCUGUAUUAGCGUCAUCUAAAAACAGUGGCAAGAAUAAAGAGUUUUUGCCGGUAAAGGUGGGAAUUUCAGAUAAAGGAAGAAAUAUUUUAAAACCAAAUGUUCCGUCUUCUCCUAAACCGAAAAGAGCAUCACCUUGUCCUUCAAGCUCAUCGUCAACCAAAGUGAGAUCAUUAGAAUCAUUAUCAUCGCCAAAACUUCCAAAGAAAAAGUGUGUAAUAAAACCUAAAAAUGUUUCAUCUAAAGACUAUAGAGAGAUUCAAAAGUCAAAAAAGGAACAAAUCAAUGACGAAAUUAAAAAAGACAUUAAAUCAAGUAGGCCUACUAGCAAAUCUUUAGAAAAGAUCGACGGAUCUAGAACAUCUAAGAGAUCAGAUGCUAAAACCAAAGAAGACUUUGAUACUACUUCGAUACUAUCCGAUAUACGUAGGCAAAAGAACGCUAUUGAAAGUAAUCACUUCUUCCAACAUUUGUUUCUGCGAGACAUAUCUCCCACCUGGUCAAACACCAGCAGAAAUUCUUGGAUUGUUGAAAAAACAAACCAGUUAACUCGCAGACGGUCAUCUGUUCCUGAGCCUACAGUAAGUGCCAUGAAAGUGUAUUUAAAACAUACAAGACCUGUUUCCGAUUCCAAAUUUAUUAGCCUGGAUAUAGCUCGACUUCGUUCAAGAUCUGCAAGUCCCAAGUCAGUCACUUUUGACGAUAGCACUAAAUUUGAAAGCAAACCACCCAAAAGAAGUUCAAGUUUGCCAGCAAAAUUAAUAUUCUCACAAACGAGUAGACCCAUUUCGCCUGUCGUAGAACAUAAAAAAUUUCUAUCUCCACCACCGUCUCCUAAAUUAUGUCGAUCACCGUCUUGUCGAAAAAUAAUGCAAUAUAAGAGCCUUCAAGUUGAGAAGAAACAACCAGAAGUGCCUUUAUACAUGUGUCCAAGUUUAAAUCAUAGUACAACAUCAUUGGACUCGUUAAGAAGUGAGGAUUAUUAUAAAUACUUUACAGAUCAAGUUCAUGGCAGUAGGUAUUAUGACAAAUUUAAAGACUUAAAUCAGUUUUAUACAGAAAUUGAAAAGGUAGGUCAACUUGAAAAAGUUUUUAGCGUCAAACCUAGGAAAAAAAGCGAAACUGAAAUUAUUGAUUUUGAUAGGUGGAAGGAGGUUAGAACCCGUGAACGAGCUGAACAAGAACUGGGAGCACUUUACAAUCAAAUAAAAAAGGAAGAAAAAGAAAAAGGUUUCUUGUACCUUCCCAAAGACGUUCAGCGAUAUAAAUGGCGAAAAGAAUAUGAUAUAGGGCUAAGAAUAAAGGAAAAGUCAGUAGAUGAUAUAAAAGGAGAAUUUGAAAAAAUUAAAUAUGAGGAAUCUGAUCGUGAAAACGCUAAAAGACGAGAACUAGCUUUCCUUAAAGACACGUACAAACCUUUGUGGCGAGGAUUCUCUGUAGCUAAUAUAGCGAGUAAUAUAACAGAGCGUAGAGCACAUUCGGAAGGAAGAGUUAAAACAGCCAGACAAAGACUUAUCGACUCCGAAAAGAUAUUGAACCAUGGCAUUGGUAGCAAACUUUGGAGUAGCUUGUCAAUGGAACAAGUAAAUAUACUAAAGGAACAACUUGCAGAAAUAUAUAACAAUUACCCAAAACACAAAGAAGAUUAUACUAUUCAUGUUCCUAAGGAAAAGAGUAAAGGAUAUGUUCCGACUUUAACAGUACGAAGAAAUUCAGAUUCUUCAGAUCAUAUGUAUAAGCCAUCUAAAACUACUAAAAGCUCAAAUAUGUCUGAAAAUGAUAAGAAAAUGUUAUCAUAUACUCUAAGUAAAGAGUUAUUAGAAAAAAUUAGUACUCAACGUAAAGAUUUAGGCUUACGAUUAGUUGUUGGUAAAGAAGUAUUGGGGGCAGUUGCAUCAGCUGAAGCGAAUGUUAAAGCAGAUUUGCGAAAAGAAGAACCAAAAAAACCUUUGGUUAAGACAAAUGCACUCACCAACGGAAAGGUGGCAUCUUUAAGCGAAACUGAAAGUGGUAGUACUGAUGAAAGUACAAGGACUGUUAUAUGUACUGGAAAGAAGGAAGAUGUUAAAAAGAAAGUUGAGUAUUUUGAACAGGUAAAAGAACAUGAACCUUACGUUCCAACUAUACAUAAACCAGCUGAAACAGGUAUUGAGGUUAGUGAAGGUAACGUUCAUUCUGCGAAAGAUUCAGAAAGAUCUCAUGAGAAAUCUCUUGUUCAAUCGAAAUCGGUUCAAAGCUUUAAAGAAUAUUUUGGAGAAACAGAUUUAAUGAAAUUUGCUACAAUUCCGUUAUCAGCAACCAGAAAGCAGAAGUUUAUUCCAAAAAGGCCAGAAUUGCGUGCCAUUGACAUAAGUCCUAUAAGGUCUGAAAUGUCAGUCGAUACUAGCAAUGACAGUCUUUACAGAAGUAGAUCAAUUUCUCCUUAUUUUAGUGAAAAACGUCCAGUUAAAACUGGAGAAGUGUCGAGACUUCGCAACAAAUUUGAAUUCUUAGAAGAUAUUUAUGGAGACACUACACUAAAGAGAUCCAGGAGUGAAUCAGAUCUUAACACUGUUUACCCACAUUUUAGUUUAGGACACGUGGAUAAUCUAAGAAGAAAAUAUGAAUACCCUGCUUACUCAGGAAGAGGUAGAAGUCGGACUAGAAGGGGAGGAGUUGUUUCGCCCGUAUUUUUAAGAGCCGAAGAUCGAUUUAUGCCUCACAUCAAUAUAAUAAGUAAAAUUGCUAGUCUCUAUACACGUAAGAAUAUCAAGAAUGGUACUAAAGGACAUCGCAAAAGUAUAGAAGAGUUGGCAGAAAUUUUCGGAUGUCCUGUUGGUGAAGUCGAGAAGUUACGAGAAAAAUUUGACAGUCAAGAAGAUAUUUCGUUGGUAGGACACAUGUACACUUCUUCUCCCAGCAUUCGUGAACUUAGAGAUAUUGCUCCGUACUUAACUGCUGACUGGACAGCACACCGUUAUCCAAGACUUGAAGAUAACACUCGCUCGUUGUCUUCUCCAGAACACUCUGUAGCGUCCAAAGACACUUCUCUCCUUCGUAAAAAUAAACAGAGACCUAAAUCUACCUCACCCACUCCUAAACCCACCAAGUCUUCUUCGAUUCUAAAACCAAUUCAGCAAAAACAACGGUCUACGGAUUUUUUGAAAAAUCAGAAGUAUGAUCCGAAGAUACACGAGCCCAUAGCUCGAUACCAGCCGAAAGAUGUCUCCAGAAUGCGUAUUGUUUUGUGGAAAUUGUUUAAGAUUAAAGUUUUAGGUAACGAUACUCCUACCGUUUUAUAA